AUGGACAGGAUCACUCAAGCACAGGAUGCCGUCGACGAGCUAGGCGACAUCAUGCGCAAGAGCUUGCUCUAUCUCUCCACCAAAUCUGGCUUCGCUCAGAGCAACGCUUCCAUUCCUGUGACCGUUAGCUUGAGCACGGUCGACACAGCAGAAGUGCUUGCCGAGAACAGGGAGCUGCUUGUGGACGAGCUCGUGACAAAGGCAAAGCAGCUCAAGAUCCUCAUCGCUUCAUUACCGGAUCCUGUCAUGAUCGACGUGUCAGACGAUCAACUGGCGGCUUUGAGUACAGAGGCAGAGCAAGUGAACGCCGACUUUGACGGAGCGCUUCGCGAAUGCGGUAAGCCAGAUGUUCUGAUAACCCGGAAGCGGCUCAUAGGCAUGCAGAACAAGUCGAGCGCGAGUUGGAGGAUGUGCUCGAGCGGAUGA